AUGGAUUAUAAUCCUUAUCAAAAUUUUGUUGAUCUUCUUCAAAGUCAACAAGAAUCUUCCAUUGGUUUAGAAUCUUCUUCUAUUCUGCCAUUUGGCACUCAAGCUUCUGAAGGUUCUAACUUCGAACAACACAGUCCUGCAACGCGUACACCAAGAAGGGCGUGGACACCAACAGAUGAUGUCGUUCUCAUAAGCUCGUGGCUAAACACGAGUAAAUAUCCCGUUGUAGGGAAUGAGCAACGCUCUGUUGCUUUCUGGAAACGAGUAGCAUCGAACUUCUCGGCAAGCCCCAAGCUAGCAGGCUGUGUAAAAAGAGAGGCAUCUCAAUCCCACAAAAUUUUCUUCAACAACCAUAACAAGAGGUUUACGCUUGAACAUGCUUGGAAGGAGCUCCGCAAUGACCAAAAGUGGUGUGAGCUUUCGACAGUAAAAAAUGAAGGAAUCUCCAAAAAGAAGAAGUGUGAGGAUGGUUUUGAUUCGGCAAGCCCUCAAGCUGCGACUGGGGUCGAUGAGGAAGGAGCCAUUCGUCCCCCGGGUGUUAAGGCAGCAAAAGCCCGGGGUAAGAAGACGAUGGUUGAGGGCAAGGACUUGUCUGACUUUCAGUCUAUGUGGAGCAUCAAGAAGGAGGAUCUGGUGAUGAAGGAAAGGCUCUCCAAGAUGAAGCUACUUGAGAGUCUUAUUGCAAAACAAGUACCGCUAGCUGAUUAUGAAGAAGCUCUGAAGAAGAAGCUCAUAGAUGAGUUGAUGUCUAGUUAG